AAGGGUGACACAAGAUGGCGGCGCCCAUAAGCGGUUGAGGCGUGAAGCGGAGGAUGUUGGCGGCGGCCCGGGCUCUGCUGGGGCCGCGCCUGAGGUGGCCGGUACCGGUUCGCGAGCACUGGAGACCGGCCGGCCGUUCACGGAGCCGGCGAGAAGCGGCCGAAGCCGAGGCGGACGCCCCAGUGUUCCAGUACGUGGGCGAGCGCGCGGCUCGCGCCGAUCGCGUGUUCGUAUGGGGCUUCAGCUUCUCCGGGGCUCUCGGAGUGCCCAGCUUCGUGGUGCCGUCCUCGGGGCCCGGACCGCGCGCCGGCCUGCGGCCCCGACGCAGGAUCCAGCCGAUACCCUACCGCCUGGAGUUGGACCACAAGAUCUCCUCUGCUGCCUGUGGCUAUGGAUUCACACUGCUGUCCUCAAAAACCAAGGAUGUUACCAAAGUCUGGGGUAUGGGACUCAACAAAGAUUCGCAGCUGGGAUUCCACAGGAGCCGGAAGGAUAAAACCAGGGGCUAUGAGUACGUUUUGGAGCCCUCGCCUGUCCCGCUGCCCCUGGACAGACCUCAGGAGACAAAGGUGUUGCAGGUGUCCUGUGGUCGAGCGCAUUCCCUUGUCCUGACAGACAGAGAAGGUGUCUUCAGCAUGGGGAACAAUUCCCACGGGCAGUGUGGACGCAAGGUGGUGGAGGACGAAGUAUACAGCGAGAGUCACAAAGUGCACAGGAUGCAGGACUUCGAUGGCCAGGUGGUUCAGGUUGUCUGCGGUCAGGACCACAGCCUGUUCCUCACAGACAAAGGUGAAGUCUAUUCUUGUGGAUGGGGAGCCGAUGGACAGACAGGCCUGGGUCACUACAACGUCACCAGCACACCCAGCAAGGUGGGUGGAGACCUUGCUGGAGUGACUGUUGUCCAGGUUGCCACCUAUGGUGACUGCUGCUUGGCUUUGUCCGCUGAUGGAAGUGUCUUUGGCUGGGGAAAUUCUGAGUACCUGCAGCUGACCUCAGUCACAGACUCCACACAGGUGAAUGUCCCUCGGUGCCUGCCUUUCUCCGGAGUAGGCAAGGUGAAGCAAGUAGCCUGUGGUGGCACAGGCUGUGCUGUACUGAACGAAGAAGGACACGUUUUCGUCUGGGGCUAUGGAAUUCUUGGGAAAGGACCAAACCUCCUGGAAACAGCUCUUCCAGAAAUGAUCCCACCUACACUCUUUGGCUUGACAGAGUUCAAUCCUGAAGUCCAGGUUUCCCAGAUCCGAUGUGGGCUUAGCCACUUUGCUGCACUCACCAACAAGGGUGAGCUGUUUGUGUGGGGCAAGAACAUCCGAGGAUGCUUGGGGAUUGGACACCUGGAAGACCAGUACUUCCCAUGGAGGGUGACGAUGCCCGGUGAGCCUGUGGACAUGGCUUGUGGAGUGGAUCACAUGGUGACUCUAGCCAAGUCAUUCAUCUGAACCUCCCUCUGGGCCUGUCCCAGGCUGGCCCCAGCCUGUGAGCUAUACCGACAGCAACAGCUUGCCAGAGGCAGGGUGUGACCACCAGCAGAGCUUCUGAGGGUACAGGGAAAGGGCCAGGGCCUCUGUGGAGCAGGAUGCUUGCUCUGUGUCCUCAGUGGGGACAUUAUACUAGGAGUCUGUGGACAAGGACCUUUCCCCAAUAAGGCUCCUAACUGCUGACCUCAGCUCAGGAUGGCUACUGUUGGCUUGGCGUGUUCCUGAGGAGUACCAGGGCAUGGAGACUUUGGGUGGCCAGGCAGAUCCCUUCUCCAGGUAACACAUGGGGACGUGUCUUGUCUGAGACGCUAUUCUUAGGGAAAGGUCACUGUUCAUGACACAUUUGAUAUUAGGAGUUUAAAGACAUGACAAAGCCCUCAGAAGAACUUGUGGUCCCCUGUCACAAGAGGAUAAACUUGGGCCUUGCUCAGCCAGAGAGCCAGCUGACCUCAGCUAGGGCCUCUCUGAUCAGGUGUCACCCCAGAAGUUACCAGAAGGACACAGUCCAGGAACCCAGAAUGCCGUGGCUUGAGACUCUUCGUGGGGCGGCCAGUGGGAGCCAGCCUCCCCGCUUAGGUCUACAGUAUCCCAGCCUUGGAACUUCCUCUCUGCCUGGCUUUGAACAGCCCAGCAGCCCCUGAAGAAAGAAUCUGCAGGCCAAAUGCUUGUGGGCUGAGGGCUGUGGAAUCUUGGCUGAAGGGCUGGCCUUGGUGUAGGAAGCCUCAGAAACUGAGAAAAUACUUGUUUUCAAGAAAGCUUGUCUUUUCCUUUGAGAACAGUGUUUGAAAAGGUCUUUUGGAAUAAAGUCUAUUUUCUGCCUUUUUAAAGAA